UCCAAUUUCACUGCCUUCUCUCAUGCCAAACCUAAGCAUUCGUCUGUUUUCCAUCGGCGGAGAGCGGUUCGCUGCGAGGUUGCCGUCGGCGAGAACCGGCUGGUCACAGUGAGCAACGACGGAGACUCGCUCCAGAUAUGCAGAGUCCUCAAUGGUAUGUGGCAGACCAGUGGCGGCUGGGGAAGAUCGACCGCGACGACGCCGUCGAGGCCAUGCUCCGCUAUGCUGAUGCUGGACUCUCCACCUUUGACAUGGCCGACCAUUAUGGUCCUGCUGAAGACCUUUAUGGCAUCUUCAUCAACCGUGUUCGUCGAGAACGUCCCCCAGAGCUCUUAGAGAAUGUCAAAGGACUUACCAAGUGGGUUCCGCCACCGGUUAAGAUGACAGGAAGCUAUGUGAGGCAGAAUAUCGAUAUAUCAAGAAAGAGAAUGGAUGUUGCAUCUCUGGACAUGCUUCAGUUUCACUGGUGGGAUUACUCUAAUACAGGUUAUCUUGAUGCAUUAAAACACCUUACAGAUCUCAAAGAGGAAGGUAAAAUCAAAACUGUUGCUCUAACCAACUUUGACUCGGAGAGAUUGCAGAUAAUUUUGGAGAACAAAAUUCCUGUUGUGAGUAACCAGGUACAACACUCUCUUGUGGACAUGCGCCCUCAGCAGAGAAUGGCAGAAUUGUGCAAGCUUACAGGAGUAAAACUUAUUACGUAUGGGACAGUUAUGGGUGGAUUAUUAUCGGAGAAGUUUCUCGACACCAACUUAUCUAUACCUUUUGCUGGCCCUCCUUUAAACACUCCUUCCCUUAACAAAUACAAAAGGAUGGUAGAUGCCUGGGGUGGAUGGAGUCUCUUCCAAACUCUGCUGCAAACCCUUAAAAGUGUGGCUUCUAAACAUGGUGUUUCCAUUCCAACUGUCGCUGUGAAGUACAUUCUGGAUCAGCCUGGGGUUGCGGGAUCUAUGAUAGGGGUGAGGCUCGGCUUAGCUGAACAUAUCAAUGACGCCAAUAAAAUAUUUUCCCUUGUUCUCGACGAAGAGGACAUCAAUAGCAUUCAACAAGUUCAGAAAAGAGGGAAAGAUCUCCAAAGAAUAAUUGGAGAUUGUGGAGAUGAAUACAGACGCCUGUGAAUCAUCACUUGUAGAUGUUGUAUCAAAUAUCUGAUGUAAAAUAAACAAAAUUUAUCAGGUUCAGGUCAAUGAAUGCUUUUGAUUGUUAAAACAAUUAUGUAAAUCUUCCAUGCAUGUUUAGAGUUAGGGACUUAAAAUAAUGUAAUGAAAAAUUCAGGACAAAUUUAGGGAGUAUUGAACCAGGUAAAAUAUACAGUGUUUAUCUUAAAAUUCA